AUGGGCCUGGAAUGUUGUAAACCAAACUACCCCAUCGAAGAUGAAUCAGACGAAAAAGAGGUGGUCCGCUUUUUUAUGGUUGGUAUGGGUGGUGCUGGAAAGUCAACAGUUAUACGACAAUUAAUGAAACUUUGUAUCGACUGUCCAAAUUCAUAUAAACUUUAUGACAGCGAAUGGGUUGAGAAGACGAGCAUUCACAGCGAGGGAGAUCUUCGAAAGUGGAAAAUUGUCAUCCAGCACAACAUUCUUGAGGCUUUCUGCAAUACCAUCAAACAAAGCAAACUGUUUGGAUUUGAAUUCAACGGAUUGCAAAGCCUAGUUGUCUCUGAAGUAGAGAAACUAUGUGGUGACGUCCGAACGCUGCACCUUCGUACAGCCGAAUGGUCACCCUUUUUCAAUGAAGAACUUGGACGAAAACUCAUAACUUUAAUUUCAAAUGAAAAGGAUCCUAUAAAGUGCGCAUUAAAACGAUGUCACGAAUUUGCUGCCGAAUAUCGACUUCCCGAUGGUGUCGAUCACUUCAUUACUCCGCAAAAAAUCAUGGAGUAUGCUAGGGCGGAUACACUUCCAGAUGAAGAUGACAUUGUUCACGCUCGAAACCCAACUUCAGGUCUCGAUUAUUACCAUUUUCUAGUUCACAAAAUGAGAAUACAAAUCCACGAUAUGGGUGGUCAAAUGGUUGAAAGGAAAAAAGUUCUCGAAUACCUCUCACACUGGAUUUCGGAUUCAAAACCAAACCACCGAAAUUUUAUUUUAUAUGUAGUAUCCAUUGCCGACUACAACGUCAUUCAUCCUAGUAGACGUCAAUAUACUCUGCUCGAUGAAAGUAUCGCUUUUAUGAAGAUGAUCCUUAAUCUCAGUCAAGUACAAGAAUGUGGUUUUCUCAUUUUCUUUAACAAAUCAGACAUAUUUGACGAGAAAGUCAGCGAUGAACACUUCAGGCCGGAUUUCAGGACUUUCCUCAAAGAAUUUAUCAAAGAAGAUGAGCUUAAGAAAUAUGAACGAGGAGCUCCUGUGAAAAGUGAAGUGUUCCGCAAAGCAAUAGCAAACAAAUUCGCUAAGGAAAUAUCAAAUAAUGCAGUAAAACGAAAAGCUCCCGUAUAUCACAGGUAUGUUUACCUGUGCUGUUGA